AUGCCAAAAGUCACACUUACCGAGCAUGUCGGGUCGUACACGGCAAUCUCGAAAAAGAUGCCGCAAGGCCUACAGGCUCUAAAACUGCUGCUGAGUCUCUACGACCUCGAUAUUCCUGACCGUGCGGCAUUGGAGGAACUACUAGCGCCUAGCUUUCAUGAGACUGAGAAUGGCAGUGACAGAACCAUCAGUCGGAGCGAAGUCAUCGAGGCGAUUGUGACAAUCAGAGACAAGUACAGCAAGCAUCAAUUCGAUCUCAAGCACGCCUACUGCAUGGAAUACACUGGUUCCCACCACACAGUUUUCUUUGAAGCGGUACGAUUUCUGUUUCUGCAAGGCAGCACCAACUGGGUCAAGGUUCCUGUCUCUGGGAAACUCGAUGUCAAGAUUACGCAAAACAGGCUUAUGCUGAAAGAUGCUGUAGUUGUCAUCACCGCCCGAACCAUGACUUCAGACACCUCUCAAGUGGUUGCAAGAGAUUUAAUGCAGUCUCCUCGUUCGCCGACCCUGACUUCGGAUUUGCCUGAUCUCACGGCAAACCGAUCCUCUGUCAGACUGGACACUCCUAGUGUCCCUGAACUGCCGGCAGCUGUGGCGGUGCCGAGGGAGGAAAAACCUCUUCCAGGUCUGAGAACAACGGGCUCUUCCAAUACUGGAGUUACCCGAACGCCAACCGUUACAUCAGGAAGUUCUGCUGAGCUUGACGGAAGUACCAAGGCAUCUUGGAAUUGA